UUGCUUCCCAUCGUCAUUCUGCUCUUUUCCAAAUUGUUUUUAGGAAAAAUUUUUAAGAAUUAUUUUUUGUAUGCAAAACCAAACAAAAAAUGGAAGAAGAUGCCCCACUUUGUCGUUAUGGAACUCCAUUAGAUCCCCUAGAAGAAGAUGAAAUUCCAUCAAAAAAACCCGUCGCUAUCGAAGAUCAAAUCGUUACCGAUGAAAAUGGAAAACGCCGAUUCCAUGGCGCAUUCACUGGUGGAUUUAGUGCUGGUUUCUGGAAUACUGUUGGUUCCCUUGAAGGUUGGAAACCGCAAAGUUUCAAAAGUUCACGCUCCGAAAAGGCUGAAAAACGCCAACAACAAUUACCUACCGAUUUCAUGGACGAUGAAGAUUUGGGUGAGUUUGGUAUUGCACCUCAGCGUAUCCAAGCUAGGGAAGAUUUUUCCAAAACCGAUGACACUUCCUCAAGUCGAAAACGCAAGUUGCCUCUAAGAGACAGCGGCGCGAUUCCGGGUAUUCCCGUGUUGCAGCAACUUCUUGAGCCAGCUCGAGAAAAAGUUGCUGUACGUUUGUUGAAACGUAUGGGUUGGAAGCCUAACCAAGGCAUUGGAGCUAGGCAAACUAGAAAAGAGAAAAACCGCUCCAAACAACAGAACAAUAGAGAAAUGUAUGUCAUGAAAAUGUAUGGCUGCACCAAGUCUGGUGAUAGUCAAGAAGAAAUCUCUCCUAAUCUAGGUUCAGACGGGUCUGAAGAAGAUGAUGACGAUGUAGAAGCACUUACAUUCGCUCCCGAUGAUUACGAGCCAUUCACUUGUAGCAUAAAAGAUAACGUCUUUGGGUUGGGUUAUAGUGGAUUGAGUCGCCAGGUCGCUGGCGAAACAAGGUCUCACAUAAACUUGUUCGGACCUUUAGAAGUCUUGGGGAAAGAUAACAAAAAACUGUCUAUAAGAGGACAAGCAUUUGGGGUGGGUGCUUUAGAGGAAGAGGACGAAGAUAUUUACGCUAGGGACGAUAUGACAAAGUAUGACUUUAGUUUGGGUGACAAAAAGAAACGCGAGAAGUCGAAACUCCCAAAAACUCAAGAUCAGACAGUUCUUGAGGGUUUUGCCGAACCAUCACAAAAUUCAAAUGUCAACAAAAUCGUGCAUAUAGUUGAGCUUAAAGCAAAUUUCCAACCAAGAAACUUUCUUCAUAGAAAAUCCCGCUUUGAUCCUCUGCCAGAGGAAAAACUUGCACUUUUAAAACAAAAUGAAGAAGGAAAACGAAAAGGAUUAGGUCGACAUGAUUUGAAUCCAGAUGAUCGUAGGAGUAUACUGGAAGGAGUGAAUAAAAAGGCAGUUGAGCAGAAGGCCGAAAUGGAGGCUUCUGAAUCUAAAAAGUCAUAUUUGCAGCAAAUUAAUGAAAAGUACAAGGAACGAGAAGAUAAGACCAAACGACUCUUGGAACUGAUCUCGUCGAAAGAAGAUAAUUUUGUUAAAGGAGGUCUUGUUACCAGUGCUGGAGUUGAAAUAAUGCAGUCCAGUGAGCUUGAUAAGUCUGUUGACAAUGAAAAUCAGAAAAUUCUGUCGGAAGCUAAGAAACUUACAAAGUCUUUAGACACUACACCUGGAGUAUUUAAACCUUUUGCUAGUAAUGAAGCAAAGCAAGAACGAUAUGAAAAGUUUUUAGAGGCAAAUUUAAAAAAAGAGGAAGACAUUAAGGCAUUUUUAAUCACAAUCCAGCCAGUACACUUGUCGGAAUGGGACAGGGAAAUGGAGCUUAAAGAGUUUGUUCAAGCUAAAAGCAUAUACAAACCACUCAAUGGAAUGAUGUCGGAAAGAUUUGUUUCCAAAACCACUGAUGAAGUUGUUGCAAAAGCACCCACCAAUAUAAUCGAUAAGAAAAUUACGGUAGUUGUGAAGAGAACUAAAGUUCUUUGGAAACCUUGUUCGUUGAUAUGCAAGCGUUUCAAUAUACCCGAACCCUUUGGAGGAACUUUAGUUGAGCCCAAAGUCCCCAAAAAGAACAAGUUCUCUGUUUUUGAUUACAUAGAAAAUUCAAUAAAUUCUAAGAAAGAUUUUGUGACACCGGUUAUUAUACCAAAACAUAUUGAAAAACCUAAAGCAAAACAGGUGCAACCACAAAACAUUCAGAAAACUAAAAGUAAUUCACCUGUUGACGAUGUUAUUCCGUCAACAUCUCGAGAUAUUCAACCACCUGAAUCUCCUGGUUUGAAAAAACCUCUUGUGGAUAGCAAAAAGCCAAAAACUGAAUUGGAACUGAGAAUUGAGGAGAGCAAAAAUAAACAUCCUUCAGAAAAGAAAGAUCUAUUCAAGUGUAUAUUUGAUUCUUCCAGUGAAGAUGAGGAGGAUGACGAAGAUAAAGCGACAAAAAAUGAAGAUGAAACAAAAAGCUCCGCUCCUGUUAUUCCUGCUGAUAUAGCCGAUAGUCUUGUAAAGCCAUCGGCUCCUAUUAAUAUAUUAAGAAAUCACUCACCACCCCGGGGUAUAUUUGCAGCCCUCUUCGCAAAGCCCGAAGUAACAGAAAACCAAUCUAAAAAGACUGAAGUCGAAACAAAUGAAAACUCAAACAAAAUAACUUUCAAACCAAAACAUGAAAGAAAUAUUAAAGAAACUUCUCCAGAAUUAGAAAAUACUUAUGGUCCUAAAAUACCAGACUCUCUUUUAAAAAGUAAAACACAAACUAGCGAAGAGGCUGAUAUCGAUAAAAGACUCGCUGAGCUGUUGUCAUCGAAACCGAUAAAAGCCACUCGAAUUGUUGAAGAAUGGGUUGAAAAGAAAAGCGGAUCUUCCAAGAAAAGUAAAAAGGAAAAACGGGAAAAGAAGAAAAAGAAGGAUGAUCACAAACACAAAAAAUCAAAGAAACAUAAAAAAGAUAAAAAAUAAAUUAAUACAAAUUUUUUUUUUAUUUUUCAAUAUAAAUGUUAAUACAUGUGUAAAUAUUUAUAAUAAAAUCUUUAAAA